AUGACAACUCCUGCAGAGAAGGACAUUGGCACGGCUGCCACGUCUCCAGCUUCAUCAAGUGUGCACGAGGGCGCUAUGGCUUACACUCGAGAUCCAACCAUUAUCCAUGCCGAGAACAGACUCCAAAGAUGGGCAAACAAGCUAGACCGCAUUGCUGGCGUGGAGGCACGAGGCAUUGGGAGGGUAACAGAAGAAGAACGAGAUAGGCCUGUCGCGGCUCGUGACUACAUUCAUAUGUUUACUAUAUGGUUUUCGAUGAAUUGUACCGCGAAUCAAAUGACUCUUGGUAUUCUUGGUCCGGUUGCUUAUGGUCUUGGGUUUACAGACUCAAUUGUAUGCUGUCUGUUCGGGACAGUCUUCGGGUCAUGUUGUUCAGCCUAUAUCUCUACGUUUGGUCCAAUGUCAGGUCUGCGGACGCUCAAUGUUGCUAAAUACACCAUGGGCUGGUGGCCAAGCAAAUUAUGCGUGAUCCUGAAUAUCGUGAUUGAACUUGGAUAUGGCGUUGUCGAUUGCCUAGUAGCUGGGCUCAUCCUGUCAGCCGUUAACGGUGGUGGCAUGACAGUGAUAGUCGGCAUCAUCAUCACGGCAAUUAUCUCAUGGCUCGUCUCAACAUUUGGAAUUCGAUGGUUCAAUGCCUUUGAAGCCUACAUCUGGGCGCCAACCGUUUUGAUCCUCUUCAUCUUUAUUGGCGUGGCAUCACCAAAAUUUGAUACAGCCAUGGCGAGCUCCGGAUCUGGAGCAGUUCUAGCCGGAAACAGGCUAAGCUAUUUCUUCUUGACAGCUUCCGGCCCGCUUGGAUGGAGUAGCUCAGCAGCCGAUUACUAUUCCUACUAUCCUCCCAAGACAAAUCGAUGGUUGACCUUUGCUAUGACAUCUUCCGGUAUCACUCUUGGUAAGCUGCUGAUUGAGUUCUUGGGAAUCGGACUUGGUAGCGGCCUUGCUGCGAAUCCUAACUGGGCAAGCGCAUUUAGCAAUCAUGGAGUGGGCGCACUGAUUGUGGAGGCAUUUGCUCCUCUUAAUGGAUUCGGCAAGUUUUGUGCAACUGUUCUUGCGAUUUGUGUCACAGCAAAUAUGAUUCCAGGAAUUUACGCCGCGUCUUUAAAUUUUCAGCAGCUGUUUGAUUUUCUUGCAAAGGUCCCUCGGCCAAUCUGGUCAACUUUUGCGAUUAUUGUAUCGGCUGUUUGUGCUAUUGCUGGUCGCUCGCAGCUUCUUACUAUAUUUUUAAACUUCCUAGGCCUUAUAGGUUAUUGGACUAUCAUUUGGAUUGCAAUGACUUUGGAAGAAGAGUUUAUUUUCAGACGCAAGUCUGGCUAUGAUUGGACGGUCUGGGACAUGCAGUCAGCGCUUCCUAUUGGUUUCGCAGCGCUGCUAAGCUUUCUGGUUGGGUGGGCAGGUGCCAUACUUUGCAUGUAUCAAACAUACUACACCGGAGUAAUUGCUUCAAAGAUUGGAACAGGCGCUGACCUUGGUUUACCUGUUGCCAUGUCAUGGGCUGCUCUCGUCUAUCCACCUCUUCGAUACGCAGAGUUGAGAUUUUUUCGUCGCUGAAGGACUCUCGCCUAUAUAAGAGCUCAUUGUAAAUGUUUGCUAAAUUGAAAUAAAUACAGAAAGAAUGGAUCCAAAAGGGCUGAACUAUUGAGAUCGCACUUAAAUCGCAAGAGAUGAAAUAAAGACACGCU